UUGUGAAAAAACAUGGUUAUCCACCAACUAAACAUAUUAAGUCAUCAGCAAAAAAUGAUUCACAUUAUAGUGGUACUAAAACAAGUAUUAGUGCAAUUAAUCCAAAUAAUUCUAAUUUAUAUAUCUGCAAUACCAACAUGCAAUCAAGAA